AGUCUGGUCCCGAAACCCAAGGUCCGAUCCGCAAACCCAAGGUUCCCAGUCUCCCCUCUUGCCCCCAUCUCGCGUCCUCCGCUUCUCCUAUGCCGAUCUGAUAACAACGGCUUCUUUCCUCACAAUGCCAAUGGCAGCUCUGACGACCCAGCUAGCUAACAACAUGGUCGUCGCCCAUGUUCUUGCCCGGUGAACAAAACGACCAUGCAUUCUCUCCCAGAGCGCACAGUACCUGAGCAAGCUAAUAAUAAGGUGCUUAUUAUUACUACUCCAUGGUUUUGAUGUUCCAUUCCAACCUCAAUGAUGAAACACAUGCUUCCCCUGUGAGAAAGCAGGAGCGUGGAGCUCUGUCCCAUCAGCUGUCAUAAUCACCAGGCCAUCAUCGACGCUCCGUCCUUUGGCGCGUGGAAGUGGAUGCAUGCGGUGUGCGGGAUAUGGGCCGGGAAAAAGCUCCGACAGACGCGGGCUGACGAAGCCACUAUGCUCGAUCGUAUCUAGUGGGAGGUGCAAAGAGGAUCUAGCAGAGAUGGAGCAGCGAUAUCGCGUGACUGCAGCGACGGGAGCCUUGGAACCCGUCAUAAGCAAGCUCACUAACUUGCUGGAUGACCGGGCCGAAUUUGCUCAUCUCGAGAGGUGGCGAGAAGACAUCCAGUUCGUCAAAUCACGGCUGAGCUCCAUGUACUCUCUCCUUCUGACGAUAUGGGACAGGGAGGAUCUUCGUCUUGAUUCCGCGUGCAACGAAUGGAUGGCUGACGCACGGAAGCUGUCCUACAGUGUUGAGGAAGACAUCGACAGCGGCGUCUUUGCCGACAGCUCCGCCUUCACACAGCCUAAAACCGACGCAGUAAACCCAUUCGAGAAGCUGAAGAAUGAGGUGCAAAAAUUGAUCAACCGGUGCUCGGAGGACUGGAAGACUCUGGGAAGAACCAUCUCGGAGCAUCAUCAGCCAGCUGAGCCGAAUGUUGACCCAAUCAUGUCUGAAUUUAUCCACAACGAUGCGUCGGAGCUCGUGGAGAUGGAUGAGAAGAAAUAUCAACUCAUUAGAUUGCUGGAAGAGCACCACACUGUAUGCAUUGUAGGAUUUGCAGGGAUGGGCAAAACCACACUUGCUGACCAAGUGUACCAAGGAAUCAGAAAGAAAUUCAAAAGCCAUGCCUUUGUUUCAUUGUCGAGAAGGCCAAACGUGACGCGAGUUUUGACAAGUCUUUGUACUCAAGUCAUGGUGUCUGCCAUCACUAAGAGAAAAGUAGUAACCAACAGUCUAGCUGACACGGUUGCAUUGGAAUGGGGCAGUCAUUAUUCUUCCUUCAUCAAAGCCAUAAAAGAUAUACUCUGCGAAGAUGUACUCCGCAAAGCUAAUGACGAGCAAAAGAAAGACACAGAAACUUUGAAUAAACUGCAAGAGGAAGAAAAUAUACUCAUCAAGAACAUAAAGGGAUUCUUCGGAAGGGAAGUAACUGGAAAUACACAGCUUCAGGGCACCGGUGCAGAAGACAAACUGAUCAUGUCUGUAGCAGUAUUUUUCUUGAGAAAAGAAUGGAAAGCACGCGUUGAUGAUCACAACAAGUAUCUGAAGAAAAUCAUAUCGAAACUUCUUGAGGAUAAAAGGUACCUUGUCAUAGUCGAUGAUAUUUGGGAUUGGAAAGACUGGGAAUGCAUCAGAAACGACACUCUUCCAAAGAUUAAUAAUUCGGGAAGUAGAAUAAUCAGUACAACUCGUUAUAAAGGUAUAGCUGAGAAAUAUCAGAUGGACAAUAAUUCAUUUGUCUAUGAAAUUGCGGGUCUUUCUCCUGUUGCCGCAUCAGCUUUAUCAAAAAGGGUACUUAUGAAAUCUGGCAAGGUCAAUAACUUUCAAUGUGACAUAAAUGGGCCGUGUUCUUCUAUCGCAAAGGUGACCAGUGGUAUGCCCUUGGCAAUAAUUUGUAUGUCUUCAGCAGUGGCUGAGCAGCUAUCAGUACAAGACGGACAAGCACUUGAUCACAAAUGGUUUCAUGUCGCUGAAAGCCGAGCAUUGGAAGGGAUUUUAACUAUUCCUGGUUUGAGACCAUUUGUAGAGAGCUUCAGCCAUGUCUACCAUGAGCUUCCUCUCCAUCUGAAGACUUGCCUCCUGCACUGCUGUAUUUAUCCUCCUCAUCACAUCUUUGGAAGGAAUGAUCUCAUACGGAUAUGGAUUGCUGAAGGAUUUGUUCAGGAAGAGGAAGAAGCCCAAAGCUACAUUGAUGAGCUUAUAAACAAGGGUUUCAUUUGGCCUUACUCAUCCACCACCAUAACGGAAAAGGUUGUGAAAUAUGAAAUGAAUGUCAUGAUGCUGCACUUCCUUAUUAAGUGCAAAUCACAUGAAGAUUACUUCCUUGCAUCUCCAGAUUGUUGGUCUGAUCUCUCCCGUAUACCAGCCAUACCACCAGUCCGUCGGUUAUGUAUUCAGUGCUACCAUUAUAAAGUGGACAUUUCAGAUCAAUUACAUAUGUCAGAUAUUCACAUUCUAUAUGUUUUUGAUUACACGUGGAUAUCUUCCUUGAAGCAUUUUGAACACCUGCAAAUGCUGUACCUUCAUGGAGGUCACUUAACUAACGCUGAUCUGGAGGAUAUUUGUGGGCUGGUCGGGCUAAGAUGGUUGAGCCUCCGGGUGGAACUAAUCAAUCUGCUCCCAAAAGAAAUUCAGAGACUGCAGAAUUUGAAGACUUUAGAUGUAAGUAAUACAGGAAUCUUGGGUCUCCCAAAAGAAAUUGGGGAACUGAAGUGUUUGGAGACUCUUGAUGUGAGUAACACAAUGCUCACAGAGCUACCCAUGGAAAUUUGGAGACUGCAACAAAUGAAAACUCUUGAUGCAGGAGGCACACAUAUCAGAGAAGUUUCUAAAGAAAUUGGAAAAUUGGUAAAAUUAGAAACUCUGGAUCUGAGGAGCACAAUGAUAACUGUGCUACCCAAGGAAAUCGGAGAGCUGCUGUGUUUGAAGACAUUGAACCUCCGUCACACGUUUGUCAGAGAGUUACCCAAGGAAACUGGAGAACUGCAGCAUUUGGAAACUCUAGAUGUAAGUGGCACAAUGCUCAAAGAGCUGCCCAAUGAAUUAUUGGGGAAACUGAUGAAACAUUUGAAGACUCUGAAUAUUAGUAGCACCUUGGUCAGAGAGCUACCAUGGGAAGCAGGUGGGAUUUCAAACACACUCAGUGUGCUUGUCGAAGACAGUGACCCUCCUAAAGCGCUGACGUUGCUCAACAAGGACGUCCGCAGACCUUGGAAUGAAGGUACUUCUUCAGCAGAAAAUUGCAGAGACAAACUAUCGAUCACGGUAUUUGAUCAUUUUGGAUCAAGCAAGGAACCCCUACCAUUUGCGAGAUUUAAGAUCGGUGAAAGACAUAUAGGUGUCCCGGAGUUGGUUAAAACUCACCUAAGGAAUAUUUGUUCCUUAGAAAUCAGUGUCUGGAAGCUUGAGAAGGAGGACUUCAAGUUUCUGGGGGAGAUGCCCAAACUGCAUGCUCUUGCACUACAACUUGAAUUGCGCACACGAGAUCCUAUUACAAUCACUUCCACAGGAUUUCUAGAGCUGGAGAGUUUCUCCAUUGAUUGCCGAGCGCCGCGUAUAACCUUCCAUGAAAGAGCCAUGCUUAAGCUGAAAUAUCUUAACUUCAAGUUUUAUGCUUGCCUACCAACUGAACACCCUAUGGGCAUCAAACACCUCCAGAGCCUCAAAAGUAUCACCUUCCGAUGUGGUUCCCCGAGGUAUGGAAGCGACGCUCCAGGCAUCAAUGCCGUUAUUAACGAAGUGAGAAAACAAGCCCAGGAGAACCCCAACAGGAUCACCUUCUGCGUUAACGACAAUGAACAGGUUUACCCAGAGAAGGCUAUAAAGCUUUUUGAAGAAAAUGGUGAAAGUACCAUUAUUAUCGAUGGUGCUGGCAGCAGCAGUGCAACUGGCGUGGAGACAAGCCUUUUUUCUAAUGAUACUGACGAGGAGGGAAAGAUUACUUCGGUCGGUCAGUAGGUAUUACCCGUUUGGCUACUUGGAGUGAAUUCACAGGUUCUUUUCAUGGUGACACAGUGGCGACGAUUUUGCGCUCUCUAUUAUUGCAGCACUCUGAUGAAGGCUAAUAACAGAUUCUUGACCCUGCAAGCUACUAGAAUCAAAAGCCAUGCAGUUCUUUGCGGCCAAUGGAUGAUCUAUUUUUUUACUGUCUUGGACUUCACUUGUGAACCUGUAAUAAGUUUAAAUUCUGGGCGUGUCGCUGUAAUAAGCAUGGACUGAUGCUCCUUCUUAGAAGGGUGAUGCUGGAUUUUUGCAUUGUCUAAAUAAAGUGGUCGAUGUUACUGAAAACUAUGACAUCAUGAAAUAGCUUAAUCUUUUACUAAGAAAGAAAGACUAAAUGUUGCUGUGGCAAGUAUA